AUGGGCUCACAGCGCUCGACGCGCUCCUCGCCGGUGCGCGUGACUCCCGCUGCCCGCCCUUCCCCCGCCCGUUCGCCCUCCCCUUGCCUCACCCGCCAUUCCCACCUGCGCGCUCCGCACAUCCGCAUUCCCCACUACUUCUGCCUCCGCCACUCCCUCGCCUCCUCGUCCCCACCGCCCUCUCCCUUCGCCAUCCCGCUUCCUUUCCUUCCGCCCGUCUCUCUGUCCCCGUCGCGCUCCAUCCCCUCCGCCUCCCGCUCUCACUGCCCCCCUCCUCUAUUCCAGCCAUUCCCCCUCUCCCGCCAUUCCCCCUCUCCCGCCAUUCCCCCUCUCCCACCAUUCCCCCCCCAUUCCCCCUCUCCCCCGUUUCCCCAUUCGCCCCCAGGAGUGGCGAGCGGCAGUGACGGCACGGCAAGGCGCAUGGAGGCAGUGAGUGCGCACCUGCUCGCCAUGCAGGGGCGGGGGGACGCGGGGGCGGAUGGGGGAACGGGGGAGGGGGAAGAGGCAGGGAGCGCAGGGCGUUUUGCGCAGGGGUCAGAGGAAGGGGGGGGCGGUGCAAGUGGGGGUGGCGGAAGUGGCAGCAGCGGCAGCAGUGGCAGCGGCGGCAGCAGCGUGGGUGGCAGGUGGAGUGCGCGGCAUGGGGGCUUCCUGGGGGCUGAGGUGAGGGAAGAAUGGAAGGUGAUAGGGUGCCAUGUGAAGAGCAUACUCCGCUGUGCCCAUGCUUCCCCACAUGCUGUGCCCCAAGCAGCCCAUGGCAGCACUCGACGGGAGGAGCUCGCAGUCCCGCUCGCUCACCACAGCAAUCUGCCGCAAGCACACAGCAAGCAUGCGCCAGCCUCAUUCUGCCUCUGCGCCUGUCCCUGCGCCUGGCAGGUGCUGCUGCGGCACUGGAGCAGAGUGCUGGGCGCUCAGCCGGGGCAGCGCGAGCACGCGGGCAGCGAGGAGCCGUGCGCUGCAGGGGGCGAGGGCGCGGGGCAGGGGAGCGGGGGAGGCGGGGCAGAGGAGGCGGGGAGGAGGGAGGGAGGGGGGAGGGAGGGGAGCGAGGGAGGGGAAGGUGUGGCGGCGUUCUGCAGCGGAGCGGGGGAGGCUGUGCUGCGGCACAUGGAUGAUGAGGAGCCGCGUGUCAGGUGGGGAGGGAGGGAGCGGGUCAUGGGGCUGGCAGCAGCGGAGGCGCUCUGUGCCCUGGUGCGCUACGGGUCGCUGCCCGCCGCCCUCGCCCUCUUCAGGGCCGUGAAAGCACACAUCAUUCGCACGCUGCAUCAGCAGCAGCCGCUGCCGGCGCUGCUGGAAGGACAGGAGGAGGGCGAUGGGGAGGAGGCGGACGGGGAGGGGGAAAAGGGAAGCAGGCAGGCAGCCUUUGGGGCGCAGCAAGGCGAGGGGGCGCAGGAGGGCGCGGAAGGGGGAGUGGCGGGGGAAGGAGGGGAGGGGAGCGAGGGGAUGGGGGACGCGCCCAGUUCUCCCAGGGCGGACCAGGCAGGGCUGGCAGCGGCCAUGGGCAGGCGGGGGGGUGCGGAAGGGGUGGGGGGAGCGGGUGGGGGAGGAGGGAGGGCAAGCGCGCAGCAGACAGCGACCGACUUGAUGAUGGCGGUAAGGCGGGGGGGAGGUAGUCCCCCCCUCUGCCUCUUCUCUCCCUUCACUAUGCGGGGGGGCGCACUAGGGAACGGUGCUGUGCUGUAUUGGAGCCCUUUUCUAGACUGUUCGGAGGGGUCUUACAAGUUCCCGUCUCCCCUCUUCUCCCCUCCUCAGCAGGCGCGGGAGCGCAAAGUCAACCCCCCUCCCCUCUUCUCCUCCCCCCACCAGGCGCGGGGGCGCAGUCUGGAGACGGCGCUGCGCUCGCUGCAGCGCCUGCUCGAUGGGCUGGGGGAGCGGAGGGCAGGGGGGAGAGGCGCGGUGGGGAGAGGUGCAGGAGGAGAGAGGGUAGGGGGGGCAGUUGUGGUUGGCAUGGGGGGAGAUGCAGGGGAAGGAGGGAGGGAGGAGGAGGGGGAGGGGGGAGCGGAGUGGGAGGAGGCGGUGGGGGAGAUGAGUGGGGGCACGGUGGAGGUGGUGGGGUUAGUGGUGCGGCAUGGCAACCGCUUUGUGCGUGAGGCCGCCAUGUUUGCCCUCGCUGCACUGUGCCGCGUCAUGGGGGCGAGCCAGCUCACCAGUUUGGGGGGGACCAUCGCCUCUCACCUUGCUGUGGGGCUGGGGGACAGCUGGAGCCAAGUCAGAUACGCGGCGUCGGUGGGCAACCGAGCAUUCUUCCUGUCAGCGGGCGCGGUGCAUCGCAAGGAGCGCUACCUGCCCUCCCUGCUGCCCGCCAUGGUGUUCAACCGCUAUUACGGCGCAGAUGGGGUGCGCAUCUACUCGCAGGACACGUGGCAGCGCGUGAUGGGCGGGGGUGGGCGGGCGGCAGUGGCGCAGCACAUGGCGCUGGUGGCGGCAUUCUACUGCCUGCAGGCGCGCAGCCAGAACUACCUCGUGCGAGAGACGGCGUGCUUCUGCAUCGCUGAGGUGGCCGCCAAGAUUGACAGGCUGGUGGUGCUACCAGUGCUGCCGGACCUGCUGCCGAGCCUCCUCCGCUGCCACACCGACCCCGUGUGGCCCGUGCGCUGUGCCGCCUGCUCAGCGAGUGCCGGCGUGGUGGAGCAUUAUGGUGACGUGGCAGCACAGCACCUUGACACGUGGGCACCAACCUGGCUUGCCAACCUCACAGACGUGAUCCCGGCGGUGAGGCAGCAUGCUGCAGCGCUCAUAGGGGCGGCGCUCACCACCAGGGAGACACAGGGCAAGGCGCUACAGAUCACUCAAGACGCGCUCCACACCCUGCUGCCUGCCGCACUCUCUUCCCCCACCCCGCACUCGCACACCCACACUCACCCACCCGCCCCUGCCUCCGCCUCUGCCCCCCCCUCCGCCUGCUGCCCUGCCGCCUCCCACUCCUGCUCCGCCUCCACCCACCACCCCCACCAUCACCCCCACCCUGCGCAUCCUCCGCCUCCUCCUACCGCUGCAGCAGCGUCGUCACCAGGGCUGCAGGCUGUGCGCAUCUCCCUCAGGUCCGUGCUACCCGUCCUGCCGUACUUGCCACUGCCCUUGCCACUGCCCUUGCCACUGCCCUUGCCACUGCCCUUGCCACUGCCCUUGCCACUGCCCUUGCCACUGCCCUUGGCACUGCACGCAGAGUUGUCUUGUAUUUCCAAUCAACUGUCAACACCGCAUCCUGUCUUCCCCACUGUACGUCCACUCGUCCACUCUCUGUCAUCCUUAGGUUCAUCUCUCUUCCCUCAUUUUCUUCCCCAUGCUUCCAUCCCGUCUCCUCUCUCCCCCUUUCAAGCAGAGACCCCUCGACACCACCGGACCCAGCACGUCCCUCCUCCCUUGAAUCGGUACCCACUCCUCUCUCGCACCUCCUUUCCUUUCUCCUCCAUGCCUCACUGCCUGCUCCGCCAACCCACACUUUUUCUCUUGUCAUGCCCAUACCACUCCAUGCCACCCUACGCCACCACAUGGCACCCCAUUCAUGCCAACCCCGUGCUCCAUUCGUCCCCCCAUGCCCAUGCCCUCACCUCACCCGCAGAAGUUCAUCUUCGAGCCCCAGAGCCAUGGGAGCAGUCGGAGGGGGCGGUGCAGCUGCUGCCCUUCCUUGCUGCUGCUGCCCCCGCUGCUGUGGGGGAGUUCCUACCGACCCUCGCACAGCUGGUAUGUGUGCUCCAUUCGCCCUCUGCCUCACCACUGCACUACAUUGUAGUGAACAAACCGUGCUUCCGUGCGUGCUGCCGCUACCCCGGCUGCUGUGGGGGAGUUCCUACCUACCAACCCUCGCACAGCUGGUAUGUGUGUCCCCUCGCCCCCACCCUCACCACUGCGCCACAUUGCUUUGAACACACCAUGUUUCCUUGCUGCCCUGCCCCCACUGCUGUGGGGGCGUUCCUCCCCACCCUCGCCCAACUGGCGAGUUCACCAGCAGCAGCAGCCCAUCCAGCCCUCCUAGUCACCAUAAUGCGCCACCUGCCCCGCAUCGCUAAGCCAAUGGGCAAGCGGCAGUUCAAGGCGCACCUGGAGCUCUUCCUGCCGCCCCUCUUCACCGCCCUCGCCUCUCACCAGGUCCCUCUGCCGCCCUCACUGCCUGCUCACCAUCCCACCCUUGCUGCUCGCUGCACCCUUGUCUCUCUUUCUUACUUGGUUCCCACCAGAAUUUUCCAUGCAUCCGCGCCCUUCCGCCCUCUGCCGCUCGAGCAUUGUUUCUCCCACUCCUCCGCUGCUAAGACUCCCCCUCUUCUCCGUCCCACCCCCCCAUUGCUACAGCCGGAGGUGGCAGCAGUAGCGGGCGUGGCAGUGGCAGAGCUACAGCUGCUCAUAGGGCCCAGCAUCUUCGAGGGCAGGCUGUCCCCGAUACAGAGAGAGUCCAUGACUCGUUACAAGCACCUCAUCCACCUGCGCCCCCAGCAGUCCUCCGAGCCUGCAAUGCCUCCUCAUGCCCACCAUCGGCCUGGUCUCGAUCUCUUCUUCUGCCCCAGCAACGCCCCCCACUGCCCCUCAUCGCCCCCCUCUUCCCUCUCUCCGCCUCCCCUGCCGCCUUCGCCCACAUCCCAUUCCGCCGCUUCCCCGUCUCCUCCCCCGUCCUCCUUCCCUUUCUCCGCAUCCCCCUCCUCCGCCUCUCCCCUCUCUGUUCCCUCCAACUCUCCCCCCUCCGCCUACCCAUCCCCCUCUCCGCCCUCAGCCCACCCAUCCACCUCCCACUCCUCCGCCUGCCCCUCCCUCGCGCACCCCUCCAAGUGGCGGAGGCAGCAGCAGCGCAGGAGGCACACCAUCCUCCUUCACCCGCCCACCCCGCACUCCCUCUGCCACUCCCACCUCGUCCACACGCCCCCCCAUCCGUCUGGCAACCAAUUGCAUACUGCCACGUCAGAGGAGAGCAGGGACAGCAGCAGCACCAGUUCCCCCAGCAGCAGCCGUCCCUUCCUCUAUCCGUCCCCCUCUUCCUCCUCCUCCUCCUACUCCUCCUCCUCCUCCUCCUCCUCCUCCUCCUCCUCCUCCUCCUCCUCACUCGCUCACAACUUUGACACUGCUGACUCAGCAUGCUCGCCAGCGUGGCGCCAUGCCACGUGUCAAGCACAGCAACAUUCCCGGGGGGGCUGGAAGGACGUGCCAGGGGAGGUCCUAUUGGCCAUUCUGGACCGUGCUGACAACCGCACGCUGCUGUGCGCUGCUGCUGUCUGCAGGGGAUGGGCUGCUGCUGUGUUCGGCCUAACUGCCCAGCUUUCCCUCGACUGGUGUGCCAAGGCCGUCAACUCCCUGGCUUCUCACCUCGUGCCCCACUUCGCUCGGCUGCAGGUGCUCAAUCUACGGCGCUGUCCAUCUCUAAGGGAUGCCACGCUGGCAACCGUCGCUGCCAGCUCACCCAUGCUGACGUGUCUGCUCCUCAGUGGCUCCCCACUCGUCACCGACACGUCAAUGCACGCACUCGCCUCCCACUGCCCCUCGCUGCAGGUGUUGGAUCUCAGUGCCUGCAGCGCCAUCUCCCCCGCGGGCCUCACAGCACUGGCAGCACACUGCACGCAGCUGAGAGAGCUCUCCCUCUGCGGCUGCCGCCAUGCUGCCACCGACCAUGCUCUCAUUGUGUGCGCUAUCCCAGGGGUGCAAAUGGCUCGAAGUGGUGAACUUGGGGUGGUGCUAGCGCAGGGGUGCAAGUGGCUAGAGGUGGUGAACCUGGGGUGGUGUGAGGGCGUCACAGACCGAGGCGUCUCAGCUGUGGCCAGGGGGUGCACUGGGCUCAGGGUGGUGGACCUGUGCGGCUGCUACCGCAUCACAGCAACUUCCCCUCGUAUCCAUCUGCCCUCCCUGCCCGACUCCCUCCAACCCCAUGCCUCCCACCACUUCAUCCUCCCAUCAGACACGUCAGUGGUGUCACUGGCAGUGCACUGCCCCUUGCUGCAGGGCCUGGGGCACUCUACUAGCAACAAAGCAACCCCCCUUCUAAUCCAUCUGCCCUUCCUGCUCGCCUCCCUCCACCCCCCAUGCCUCCCAUCAGACGCGUCAGUGGUGUCACUGGCAGCGCACUGCCCCUUGCUGCAGGGCCUGGGGCUGCACUGCUGCCGCCAGCUCUCCAGCCACGCCAUGCUGGCACUCGCUGACGGGGCGGCUGCCACGUGGCACCGCCAUGCUGGCAAGCCCGGACUCUCGAAACCACUGUCCAUAGGAGCGUGUGGGCGGGCUGCUGCAGUGGCACGGGGCAUGAGGAGGAGCGUCCCUCCCAGGCUGGCCCUGCCUGGCCCCCCUCGCAUGGGCGAUGCCACCACGGUGCUCUACUCGCGCCCGCCACGUGGCGCACACGGAUUGGUCUCGCUCAACAUCAGUGGCUGCCUGGCCAUCUCCCCAGCAGCCCUGCAGGCGGUGUGUGAUCAGCAUCCCAAUCUGCACACCUGCACUGCCCGCCGCUCCCUCAACACCAGCGGCUGCAUCGCCCUGCAACUGGUGCACUGCCACUGCCCCCGCACGUCCGCUGACACAACAGACCGGUGA